AUGGGAGUCACGGCCUGCGGGCGCGGCGCCGGCAUGACGGUGCAGGGCUCCCACGUGUUCGAGAUCUCAGGAUACAGCCUGCACGAGAAGCUGCUCGGGGUUUCCAAGACCGUGGAAUCGGCUGUGUUCGACGUCGGCGGUCAUGACUGGCAGAUCACAUUCUACCCGGGAGGAGUCACCCAUGCUCUCCGUGACUACGCCGCUUUGUGCAUCUCCUUACGGAGGAAGAAGAACAACAGUGGCAAGGUGAGGGCAUCCAUUGAGUUCAGUCUGGUGGAUGUCACCGGAUCUUCACCCCCGCAUACAACGACAAUGGAGCUCGAUUGCGGCAGUGACUCGAUCGGCGCCUUCACCGCAGAAAAAGCGUUCAAGAAGAGGAGCGAGCUGGAGGCGCCGCCAUACCUUCGGGACGAUCGCAUCAUCAUUCGGUGCGUCAUCACUCUUUACAAGGAAUCGUCUUUCGUCCAAUCUCCUUUGGAGGUGCCGCCGUCCGACAUCACGGAGCAUCUCCGGAAACUGUGGCAGGGCAAAGACGGCGCAGACGUGGUUUUCGAGGUUGAAGGUGAGGAUUUUCCUGCCCACAAGACUAUACUCGCGAUGCGCUCGCCGGUCUUCAAAGCGGAGCUCUAUGGCGCCAUGAGAGAAAAGGACAUGAAUCGCAUUACAAUCGCUGACAUGCAACCCUCUGUCUUUGAGGCCCUGCUCUAUUUCAUAUACACCGACUCACUACCCACCAACAUGGAUGCUCUUGGCCGCGAAGACUAUCAAGAGACAAUUAGGCAUUUGCUUGUCGCCGCGGACCGGUAUGCCAUGGAAAGACUGAAGAUGAUGUGUGAAAGCAUUAUUUGUGAUAACAUUGAUGUGAAGACCGUGAUUACCACACUAGCUUUGGCUGAUCAGCAUCGUUGCGGGCGGUUGAGUGAUGCUUGCAUUCAGUUUAUUGCCUCUUUGGAUACAACGGAAAUGAAUGAUGUGAUAGCGAGCCAAGGGUACGCUGAGCUCAAGGUAACAUGUCCUAAUCUGGAUGUACUGGAGCUCUGGGAGAAGACAUAUAGGCUCCGCAAUUCAAAGUCUUCGGUUCACAUUGGUAGUUUAGUUACACAAAUAUAG